AUGAUUCAGUUCGCCGCUUUGGUGUUCUCCAACGCAACGCGAGCGCUAAAAUCCCCAUACCCUAAUGCUUCCGUUCGAACACCUUGGUCUUCACCUCAAAUCGUAGGGCCUAGGACUAGGGUGACAGUUGCGGAGAAGCACCCGACGACGACUCGAGAUUCCGGCCAGGCCGAAGUAGAUGACGGGAAGUAGUUGCAGUGGCGAGAAAGGAAGGGACGGUUGCAGGGACUCUGAUCCCAGUCUGGUUUCGCUAGAGGUGCCAGAUCCCAUAACCAAUUUUUGUUCUGCUUCAGAUUCAAAGGCAGAGGGAGAAGAAGAAGGAAAAAUAGAAGCGGCAGCAACAACAAGAGCUUCUUCUCAUCAUGGAAAUGGCGGCUCCGCUGUCGGUUGCCGCGGCGGGAGGAGAUUGGCUGCGAGAGGGACAUCGCCCACUCUCAAUCGACUCUAUCCCACCCAUAUUUCGCCAAUCAUGAGUCGUCCUCAUCGCUUAAUCAGACGGCGUUUCAUCAAAUCUGACAAUGGGUACAUGGUCAGACUCGACGGCGGUCCGAAAUGUUGAAUUGAGAUCGUCUACGCACAGGGCGCUGGAUGGGUCGGCACAAGGGAGGCGGAUCGACGUGGAUUGUUUGUCGGGCGAGGAAGAUCAGAAUGGGCACAAACAGAUGGAUGUGGGGGAGUAACUCCUUUGGAUUCUUCUUGUACUUUGCUCACGGCAGGUAAUGGUGGUCAGCGAUAUCUUUAGCAGCUAGAGCUGGUUUGGAGGAGUCAGGGCUUUAGAGUACUUGGUUAGAUUGAGCAUUUGACCCGGGGCGAUUGGCAAGAUGGCAUACAUGAGAUCUGGGUCUUAUUCGAGCAUGGGUUUUCUGCAACAGGGGAAAAAAGAAAGGGAAUUCAGAUUUGUAUGGUCUUUGAUGGAUGAUAGGGUAUGGAAGGGAUAGGCUAGAGAGAGGGAUUCAAACGGAUAAAACUAUCAUUUUAUGAUUUUAAUUUUCUAAAAAUUUAGAAAAAUUUAAAAAGAAUUAUAUAUUCAUGUGGCAGGGUCAAACGUUUGACCUAUUGCCACAUAAGCAAAAGUCCUCCAGGUCACUUAAUAUUUUGCCACAUCAGAGUCAACUAACAGUUGACUAGACAGAAAGUUAAAGGUUUGGAUAUUAAAUUGUUUUCGAAAAGGUUUGGAUAUUAUUUUGUUUAAAAUGAAAGGUUUGGCUAUUAAAUUGUAUUUACCCUUCUAAUAAUGAGUUAUGAUAACUAUUAUUUUAAAUUUUUGAAUCUCAAGUUCUCAACUAGAUUAAUAGGUUGAUUCUAUAUCAUCUAAAACUAUAUAUAAUUUUUGAACUUUUUAGGAUCACAGUCAUUGUACUGUUAUUAAAACCGGACCGGCCGGUCAAACCAGGAAAAAUCGGAUUCGGCAAGUAAUCUGAUUCCGAAAGUUUUAAAACGAGCAAAAAAGGUGGUGGACGGAUAAUGACUGGUUCGGCCGGUUAACCGAACAGGCGAUUUUGAACUUCAUCCCCUUUUAUGUUUCUGAUUUAAAAUAAAAACAUUAAAACCCCACCGUGAUUUUAUGAAAGUUUGAUGUUUUCCCCCGAAAUGGCUCCAUUUUUCAAUAAUAACUAAAGGUUAAUAACCAACCACCAAACCUUUUAACGUUUCAAUUUUCAAAUCUAAUUAAUUAGGGGAAUUUAUCUCUGCUUCUUUUUCUUGGAAAGUGGAGAUAAGCCCAAAAUGCUCCAAUCUUCAUCUAGCGUCGUUGUUCAGACUCCAAGAUAUUAGGCUUGAUAUACUUAUGUAACCGGUUUAUUAAUGGUUUGCAAUAUCAUUUAAUUAGCUGUUGGUCAAUAAACCUUGUUCCUCUCACUAAUCCGGGUUGAUGUCCAGUUCGUUUUUAAUAACAUUACUAAGAAGUAAUUUAGUGUUGUUGAAAAAAAAUAUUAUGGGUGUAAUAAAUAUCAAAUGUCUAAGAAAAAUAAUGAUAGUUUUUUAACAAAUUUCAUGCACAUGUAUAAUCAGACGAGUGCAUGUUGGAUAAUGAGAAUAUAAUGUCAACCCAUUACCCAGAAUUUCCGGGUUCAAAUUUCACCCAUAAACUUUACAAAUUCUUCGAAUUCGAAUGUUAUCCUAUUCAAUUAGGUCAGAUUCGGAUGGAUACUCAAGAGUGUUUCCAUCCUAUCAUAAUGUACAAAUCAAUAUUUUGAUCAACGUUAGGACGCUGUUUGUGGCUCUAAAUGAUUUGCAUUAACUGUAGUCCUCCAAGACUCUGUCAUUUCCUAGCAAAUUCUUAUCUGACUGGUUGCGGAAAGCAAGCAUUCUUACGAUGAAUGCAGGCUGCCAAUAGUCACUUCUCGUUUUCCCUCCCACGAUCAUAGAUGAAUUUCUUUUUAGUUAUGCAACUGUCUAUAAGAGUGUUUUCCCGGCGAGAAAACUAAAGGAAAGAGAAUUGAUUUUUGCACUUUUAUUACUUCCAAACAAACAAUUAACAAACACGGUCCACACCUCUUUGAACAAAGUUCAAACAAGGGUGUUUGAUGUUCUUGAUGAUCUACGAGGCAAACUAAAUUACAUUAACUCUACUCCCAUGGAGGUUUAGUGAGAGCACCAUAACUACAACCAUGGCUAAAUUUGCAGAGGAAAAGAUAAAAUGAUAAAAGUUGACAUUGUGUUGUCUGGUGUGAUUUUGGCGAACCUCUUCUCCGUCAUCUUCACCUCCUAUUUAUAGCCACCAGAAGUAACUGCCUCGAGAAACUGCUCUGCUAACGUGGAGUGACGGUUACCCUCUCAACUGCUAUGACGGUUACCCUGACGUUGGAUGUGCCCCCUUCUUCAGUCUUGACCCCCUCCUCUUGAGACCUCACUCCUUGCUCGAAUCACAUGAAUAAAAAAUGGUAAAAAUUACUUUACCACUAUGAGAGCCCCAUACGGCCAUACCCCCUGACCACGCCAUGGGGCGUAUGCUGAUCGCCAUGGGGGUGGCUUCUUGUCAUCCUCAUUAUCCUCCAUACAUAGUCAAACUUCUAUCUCAUCAUGUCCUGGGGGUGGCUCUCAUACUUCUUGCCUUAGCCAAAUUUGACUAUGACGAUAUGAUGGCCACCCCCCUCACCACGUCAUGGGAGUGACGGUAUGAUGGCUACCCCCCUCACCAUGUCCUGGGGGUGGUAGUAUGGUGCCCACACCAAAUUCGACUAUCACCCCCCCCCCCACACACGCACCCCCACGUCAUAGGGGGUGCCCGUCUCUAUACUUAGUCAUAUUUCACGCCAUGGCAUCUCACCUCCUCGGCACAUUAUGAGGGGACUUUUUCCAGAAAUACCACUGUUUAAAAAAAGAAUUCCAAAAAUACCACCCAAUCCCAAAAAAUUCCAAAAAUACCACCUUUUUCAAAAACCGCCACCCCACCCCUGCGGUUUACACGAAAACCGUUUGUCGGGGGCGCGAUUUUCUAUGCAAACCGCGGGCCUAGGGCGCGGUUAUAAAAAAAAAAAUUGAACCAAACCGCUGGGUGGGGUGGCGGUUUGACCCAAAACCGCCACCCCACCCAGCGGUUUGGUCCAAUUUUUUUUUUCCGAUCAACUCCUAACUUCGGCCGAAACUUCAAACGAACGUAACUUUGCACUCAGGUAUCCGAUCGUAGCGAUUCUUAUUUUCAUUUCGCAUAACUUUUCAAGAUCUACAACUUUUACUAGGAUAAAAUUUUCAAAACAGGAACUAUUUGUGGAUAUAGGGGACCUUGAGAAUAACUUUACCUUUACUUUUCACAAAUCCAUGUACAUUUUGAAAUUAUGAUUAUAUUAAAAGUUGUAGAUUUUGAAAAGUUAUGCGGAAUCAAAAAAAAAAUUAUAACAUUCGGAUUUUGGAGCACAAAGUUAUGGCCGCCCAAAGUUUGACGAAAUGCGAGACCAGGCGGUGUGCGGCUUGCAAGAUCUCAAAAAGUUUGCGGCCUCCAUUUUUUUAAUCCAAAUAAAUUUUUGAGAUCUUGCAAGCCACAAACCGCCGGGUCCCGCCUUCGUCUCGAAAAAACGUCAUUUGCCACCCCGAACGAGCCUUUUUUUGAUUUCGUCAAACUUUGGGAGGAACUUUGUGCUCCAAAUUCCGAAUGUCAUGAAUUUUUUUUUGAUUCCACAUAACUUUUCAAGAUCUACAACUUUUAAUAUAAUCAUAAUUUCAAAAUGUACAUGAAUUUGUGAAAAGUAAAGGUAAAGUUAUUCCCAAGGUCCCGUAUAUCCACAAAUAGUUCCUGUUUUGAAAAUUGUAUCCUAGCAAAAGUUGUAGAUCUUGAAAAGUUAUGCGAAAUGAAAAAAAGAAUCGCUACGAUCGGAUACCCGAGUGCAAAGUUAUGUUCGUUUGAAGUUUCGGCCGAAGUUAGGAGUUGAUCGAAAAAAGAAAAAAAAAAUUGGACCAAACCGCUGGGUGGGGUGGCGGUUUUGGGUCAAACCGCCACCCCACCCAGCGGUUUGGUCCAAUUUUUUUUUUUUAUAACCGCCCCCUAGGCCCGCGGUUUGCGUAGAAAACCGUGCCCCCGACAAACGGUUUUCGUGUAAACCGCAGGGUAGGGUGGCGGUUUUUGAAAAAGCGUGGUAUUUUUGGAAUUUUUUGGGGUUGGGUGGUAUUUUUGGAAUUAUUUUUUUAAACAGUGGUACUUUUGGAUUUUUUCCCAUUAUGAGGUGGCCCACCCCCAGGUAAGGCUGCAAAUGAGCCGAGUCGGGUCGAGUUUUCCCAGCUUGAGCUUGACUCGUUAAUAAAUGAGUCGAGCUCGAGCUCAGCUCGUUUAUUAACGAGCCGAGCCGAGCCGAGUCGAGUCGAGCUCGAGCUAGCUUGUUUAUUAAAAUCUUGACUUUUAU